AUGCCUUGGCCAGGCUCGGGUCCAGGCGACUACCACCCCCCAGGCGUCUUCCUCGAUGUCCUCGCCCGCUCAUCGGUGCACGUACCACGGGAGAUCGACAUUGCCGAGCCACCCGCACUCGACUCCGCCCUGGUCGCACUCGCCUCGGACGCUGGGGACUGGACCGAGCCGUACAUCAGCUACCUUGAGCGCCAGGUACUGCCGAUGGAUGAAACAGAGACACGCACCCUCGUGCGCUGCUGCAAGUCCUUUACCAUCAUCAACAACAAACUCUACAAACGUAGCAUCUCCGGAAUAUUCCAGCGCUGCGUCACCGCUGAUGAAGGCCGCAAGAUCCUCCGAGACAUCCACGCAGGCGACUGCGGCCAUCAUGUAGGCGCCCGCUCGAUCGUGGCCAAAGCUUUCCGGCACGGCUUCUAUUGGCCAACAGCCCAUAACGACGCUGUCGCUAUUGUUCGAGCAUGCGCUGGUUGCUAG